CCUUCCCCUUCGAUGGUAAUGCAUGUGAAGUUUUGUUUUCGUCGAAUUUAGUCUUAAAUAAACACACAUUUUGCUGUUUUACAAGGUGCUGGGUUAAAUCCUAAGCAUGGUGUCAUAAAGAUGGACGGAGACGCCAUUAGUCGGACCUCUGUGGACUCGGCUUCAACUACAGGCGAUGAUUACGUUGUUGUGAAUGCAGAACCAAAGUUGAAAAUAGGCGGAAACGGUGAUAUCACCGAUUUAGAACAAAAUAUGAGUGAGGUGUUAAAUGACGGCGAGGGCAAAAAUGCCCAUUCUGACCAACUUCGUGCUGAACCUCCUAGAUGCAUGAUUUUGAACAGUCAGUCAAUGGAGAGGAUCAUUGCAGACAUUUCUGCAGCUGACCCGGCCAAAAAUAUGAUUGACCAUCCACUUGCACCACGAUCACGGUCAAAAACCAAUGAUGAUCAUGUGAAUGAUAUAACAAGUCCUACUGGGAGGAUGGUAAAAAACCCAUUUGAUGAAAAAGAACGUGCAAGGUCCCAGUCUUGCCCCACUACCCCAUGUGAAGGCGAACAUGAACUGACCAUUUUCCAAGGUGUCACCUACCUCGGUUCUGCAUCUGUGAAUGCCCCUAGAAGCGAGGUUGAAAUCAACCGAAAUAUGGAAGUAUUAAAUGAACAGUCUCAGAUGGCCAUUCCUGUCACGUUGUCAGUUCCACAUAAUGCGGAAGGAAUUGUAAGGUUGUUGGAGCCAAACUCUAACACAGAGAUCGCUACGUUUAGAAUCUAUCGCAUCCUAUUCUGUGCACGGGGACCUGUGGAUAGUAGCGAGAAAAAAUGUUUUGCAUUUACUUGUAGUCAUGGCGAUCGAUCAGAGAACGCCAUAUUCCAGUGUCAUGUGUUCAGGUGUGAUCAGCAUGAAUCGGUUGGGAAGAUCUUGUACAGAUUUGCCACAUCGUUCAGACGAAUGCCAAAAUCUCCGAGCGCGAUGAUCAGUGAAACUGCUGACACAGCGGUUGUACCAGAAUCGCUCCUCUUCCGAUUUAGCGUCACGUAUGACUUCAGAGAGGAUGAUGGGAAGGGCAAUUUCAGUACGGUGCCGAAAGACAAGUCUGUGUUUAAACUUCGGUCGAAUGUCGAGAAGAAGAUAAUCAUUGCUGUGCAACAGAUAUCUAAUCGGGAGCUCAAAAUAGAACGGUGCUUUGGUUUGCUGAUCGCCCCCGGUCGCAACGUCAAGAAUAGCGACAUGCAUUUAAUAGAGAUGGUAUCCAUGGGCGUAUCUAACGACAACAAGGCAUAUGUGAUUUCGGGUCACUGGGACCCAUCGGAUCCUAACUUCCAAAUCCUGAACACAGAAACACCGAAAGGUGAAGGCAUGAAUACAUCAAUGCCACUAGGCAUCAUGAACAGUGUUAUGCCCAUGUGGGCAUCUGGGUUGAAGAUACCAGAAACAGACACCGUGCCAGUGACGGCUGAAGACCAUCGAGUAUUCAUGACGAUCGCGGUCGACCUGGUCGUCAUCGGCAUCCAAGAACCAGUCAGAUUUCUGAUUGAAACCAAGGCAAGGAUCUUCCCCCAGAACGAACGCUUCUGGGUCUACAAUAAGAAACCUCCAACAGAACAGUUCCACUUGAGGCUGAAGGAGGUGGCGCCACUUUGUCCUCCCCCUGCAAUAGGAAGUGAUGGCACCGUCGAGUCGUGCACUAAUCCAGAUGAGCGGGAGUUUGAAGUCGUGAGCCUCGAAAGUCAAACUGAGAUCGACCGCAGGAAGUCGAGUCUUGCCCUGAACCUGUCUCCUGGUAAAAACCCACCCGAUAACAUACAGACGCCUCAAGAGCAGGAUGAGGAGUCAGAUGGAGAUGAACCGCUGCCAAGUGGCUCUGGUAUCGUCAGCAAGGACAUCCAAGAUGAAAACCUGUUGGAAAAUUGGCAAGAAGUCGUCACUAAGUGGCACCAGAACCUUCAGGGUAGACCGAAGCAGGUUCAUCAGCUUGCAAGAAAAGGUGUCCCUGAAGCUCUGCGGGGUGAGGUCUGGCAGCUGCUGGUUGGCUGCCACGACAGCAAAGAUAUGUAUGAAGUCUACAGGAUUCUCAUAGCCAAGGAUUCCGCUAGCGAACAAGUGAUCAUGAGAGACAUCAAUCGUACAUUCCCAGCUCACGAUUAUUUCAAGGAGUCGGGCGGCGUGGGGCAGGAUUCUCUCUAUAAGAUUAGCAAGGCUUACUCAGUUUAUGAUGAGGAGAUCGGUUACUGCCAGGGACUUUCAUUCCUUGCUGCGGCUCUUCUUCUGCAUAUGCCCGAGGAGCAAGCAUUCUGUGUUCUCGUCAAGGUCAUGUUCGACUACGGGCAGAGGGAAUUAUUCCGCCAGGGUUUUGAGAUGCUCCACCUCAAGUUCUAUCAGCUUGAACGGUUGAUGCAGGACCAUCUACCUGACCUGUAUAAUCACUUCAUGGAGCUCGGCCUGGAGGCUCACAUGUUUGCCUCACAGUGGUUCCUGACCCUCUUUACUGCCAAGUUCCCUCUCUUCAUGGUGUUCCAUAUACUGGAUUUGUACCUUAGUGAAGGAACUGAGACCGUCUUUCGAGUUGCUGUCGCCCUCCUAAAGACGGCGCGAAAAGAUCUGCUCGCCCUGGAUUUCGAGGGCAUUCUCAAGUAUUUCCGCGUUCAUCUUCCGAAAAAGUAUCGAAGUGAAGAAAAUGCGCGGGACCUCAUCCAUGUUGCCAUUAAUACAAAGGUGACUGGGAAGAAACUGAAGAAGUAUGAAAAGGAGUACAUUGCAAUGAAAGAACAAGAGCUGCAGGUUGAGGAUCCCAUUGAAAGAUUGGAGAGGGAAAAUCAACGUCUGCAGGAAAACAACAUGCGACUAGAACAAGAAAAUGAUGAUCUGGCCCACGAGCUGGUGACGAGUAAAAUCGCUCUGAGAAAUGAUCUGGACAACGCUGAAGAUCGAUGCGAAUGCCUCAAUAAGGAACUCUUGACGGCUAAGACCAUGCUGCUCGAAACCGAGGAGGAGAAGAAGCGUUUGGAGGGCGAGGCACAGCAACUCAAGGAGAUGUGUCGGCGAGAAUUGGACCGGAGCGAGGCAGAAAUCACACGGAAUAGCGCCAUCAUUGCCGACUAUAAACAGAUCUGUUCUCAGUUGAGUGAAAGGCUGGAGAAGCAACAGGCUGCAACCAAGGAGGAGGUUGGCAAGAUCAAGGCAAUCAUCAAAGCAUGUGAGAAAUGCUGCCAGCUGUUCAGCCCCGACGGUCAAAUGAAGGCAGCGUCUGCCCAACUUCCUGGGGAAAUCAACCCACAACUUGUCGAAGCCGAACGCCAGAUCCGAGAACUGGAACUGGAGCUCGCCCAAACGAAAUUAGCACUCGUCGAAUCGCAAUGCAAGACCCAAGACUUAACGCAUCAGUUGAACGCCGCACUGAACGAGAUACAGUCAUCGAAAAAUACCUGGUUUCAGAAAACGUUGACGUCUAUACGGGUCGUUACGCAGAAAAAGGAGGGCGGCUUGACCAAGGAUGGGAAGGAGGUCAAAGAACAACCACCAGCAGUUUGAGUUUUGUUCAUUAUCUAUUUUGACUGUUUUAGGUGCUCCAGAUAAAUUUGUCUUUGUUGUGUGGUUAACCCAUUGGCUAGGAGAAUCCUAGGAAUGGUUGAUUUGCAUACUGGUAAGACUUAUUAAAGACUUACCUCAAAGUCAAUAUCGAUUCUUUAUACCAGGUAUGACUGCAAGUAUUUACUUCAGUCUCUGACUCAUUUAGGAUUUGUUCGUUAAUCCUCGAUCUGUUGAGAUAUUUUAGUCUGUUUAGUAUAUCUAAGGACUAAGGAUUUGGUUAUGAAGAAAGUUCUCUCUUGGGUUGUAAUCAUGGAAAAUAGAAGUUUAUAAGGGCUCGCACAGGUUCUGGUUGGUUCACUAAUGUGUCAAAAUUGAAAAUAAGAAACGGUCUUAUUUGUUGUGUGACUUCGACCAAGUGCAAUUUGUAUCUGUAACACUGCCAUGUCUUGUACAAAACACAUUCGGGUAACUUCUCAGGAGAGAAAGAAUUUUGUUAUCAUUGUGCAGCUGUUAGGACAGUAGGCUAUCUGUCAUCUUCUUGUCUGCCCAAAUAAGUCCUUAGAUAUUCUGAAAGAAUAUGCUGAACAUAUCUUUUUUCUCUCACCUCGCUGACCGUCUAUCAAUAUGGAUACUUCAAUUCCAUUUGGUUGGGUCGUUCCAUUGUAGGAAAUAGCGAUUCGGGGUGCAGUGAUAUCAUUGUUUAGAAGACAAGAAGGCCUUCUUUGUGAAAUAUCUUUUGUUGUAUCUUUUAAUCAUUCAAACCAAUAGAUACUGCAUAACCAUUAGAUCCUAACAUAGAUCAGGUCAUUUCAAGAAUGUAGCUGACAAGGUGGUCUGUUGAUAAACUGAGUCAAAAGUGUUCCCUGGCAUUUGUGGAGGUGGCUUGACUAGGGUGUAUAUAACCAUGAACCAUGAGUGUAUGACAUAUACAAGCUAUUUAUGCAAUGAUAUUUAUUAAUGUAGAUAUUGUCGACUAAGGCUUAUUGCCGAUUUGAAUUAAAGAGAGGUGGCGUCUCGCCCUUGGAAGUUGUCUGCAUAUUCGCGCUAUGGAGAUGUCACAAAACCGCAAAAUAAAAUGACCGCAAACUUUUCCAGGUUUACAUUUGUUCUUAGGCUGGGUUUACAUAGAAUUUCUGUAUUCACUUCGAGAAGAAAUUACAUUUUAGUUUACAUAGAAUAGAUUGAGUUUGUAGGUUUAGUUUUCAUCCUUGCCAUUCUGUAACGGUUAUGUUAUUGUCAUGCAGAUCAUGUAAAUGUGUUUAACUAGUCAAUCAAGUACAGGUUGUCAUUUGCUGGGGUUUGGGUGGGGUUUGAAAGGGACUUGUUAGUGAAAACCUGUGUGACGUCUUAAUGCGGAGCAUCCAAUCCACUCCAGUAAGGCAUAAGAAGCUCCUAGUGAAUGACUGCUUGUCUUUGAAAGAAGGGAAAUAUGGCCCUUCCUGAACGUUUGUUAUAGAAUUUCAGUUCAGGUAAUAUAAUUAGUUCAGUGAAUCGAAUUCGUCUCCUGAAACUUGCCAUGUUUUGUGCAGUUAUGUAUAAUAGUGAUGUGAUAGAAACUCUGUUUGCCUGCAAUGGUUUAGUUUUGCCAAUUGGCCCUGUUCAGAAACAGACUCACUAUCUGUUCCAACCUGUUGUAUGAUUGGUUCUAUUGUGGCAAGGAAAAUUGACUAACAGGCUUUGAAUUCUGUAGCUGUACACUUCAAUUUGUUUUGACAAUUAUCGUUUCUUUGUUUAGAUGGACCGUGCACCAUCACUGGUACACCUCAGCACAGGUAAUCUGCUACAUUAUCCACAAUUAUUGGGCUUUCUGAUGUAACGACUGUCAUGGCCUCACUCACUGACAUGUAGGAAAAGUUAAAACGGAAAUGAAAUAUUUCGAAAUGUUUUUUCUGUCUUAUUGGUAGAAAAUGCCUUCUUUGACAUUAUCUCCAUAACAGUGUCCAAUAUGAUGCAUCGUAGUACCAAUAAGCCUCUCGAUUGCUCCUAAUAAACACCAGUGUGUGUGCCCAUAAUAGGUAUCAGCUUUCUGACCUACAUGUAGCACAAAGAAACAUCUAAAAGAUUAUGGCCCCUCUGACCUGUAGAACUUGGAGCUGUACCAUUGAUGGUUGCCCAUCUGAACAAGAGCUCUUUAGCUCUAGUGCAGGCCGACAAUCCAAAUCUUAAAUGUGUGUGUUUUAGUUUUGUAAAUAGUCAGUUUUAUUUUGAGUGAAUUUUAGUGAAGCGUUUGCCUACAGAAUUCAAGGUCAGGUUAAAACUAAGUAGUUGUGCUGAUUUCAGUAACAAUUGCAUUUUUGUUUGGGGGGAUGGACUGUUGCUGCAGUGUUUAAUAUCUGCUGUUGCCAUGAAUGUGACCUGUGUUGGCUUCCUAGCUCAGUUGCUUUGAGGUGGAGUUAAGGCAAGACUUGCGAUUUAAGCUGGUUUCGGUCUUCAAAGCGGUAUACCCUUAAUACUUUUAUGGUGCAUAUUUGCCAGCACACUUUAUUGUAUAUCAUGGUUCCGGUUUCCGGUCUUCCCUUCUAAGACCUGAUUAUUACGCCACUAGGCCUAAAGAGCCUUAUUCAAGUAAGCCUGAGAGAUGGCAAGACCGUUUUACUUUGAGACCACCAGUCUGGCUGCCUUUAAAUACAGCCUGUUUGAAACUAUUUUAUCCCCAUAUUCAUGGGGUGUUUUGAUGCUCAGUAUCUCCGAUUGAAAAAUCUCUUGUCAUUUUUGUCUGGCAUUGUUUAAGCAAGGAAUGUGCUACUCAGAUGCUUGAAAUAUGUAUUCCCACUACAGAUCAAAACCAGAGUAAUCAUCUGUUCUAUUGUAAUGUGGGCUCUUCUCCCGUCAGAGUUUACUGGCGCUGGCAUGUUCUCUCGGAAUGAAUCCCGAUUAGUUUGUCCUUGUUGGCAGCUUUACCUCGGUCUCGAGUGGUUUACCAAGAACUAGCGCUCGCCAACUCUCACGCUAAGAAGUGCCAUAAGUGUCAUUUGAAUACUUUGUAAAUAUUGCUCCGUUAAUAUUGGAGAGUGCUACAGGGUGUGGCAGGGUGCGGUAAAAGAUUCAUGAUCGACAAAUUUCUCUCUUGUAUUCAAAGGUCUAAUUUUCUCUUGUCGAAGAAGUUCUGCAAAACUUGUGUCAAGUCAAGCUUUGCUUGAGCUUUGCAAGAAAGAUCUUAAAAUUGUCUCUCACUAACAUUCUACUAGUCUGUGUAUAUUAUAUGUAUCUGUUCAGUGUAUGUUCUACACUUUCCCUGGUUCUACGAAACAGUGCCGCCACACCCAGCUGUAAUGGAUAAUGUGCUUAUACAUAAUGUAUAUUUGUAAAUAUGGCAUUGUUUAUUGUUAAGCUAGUUGUGUAUGUUACAUGGCGGCCUUUUAUACAGGGUGGCCCAGAAAUAUGUAAAAGGAACACUCAGUGGCAAUCAUAUUGAGUUCCUAUUGUUCUGGGGAAAUUUUUCUGGAAUGCCCCGUAUAGGCUUGCCAAACCAGGACUGAUAUGGCUAAAACUCAUUGUAUAACUCUUCAUCAUUAAUACUUCCACAUAUUGCUACCUGAAGUGUCUAGAUUCACCUCCAAAUAAUUCACAGCAUAAUCCUGAAGUCUACAAAAGCCCUUUGUUUUUGCGGCCCUAUUGGGUUGAGAUGUACAUGUAUGUCUUAAAGGCCUGUCUGUUGUUUGAAAAUUGAAUGGAAUUUGAAAGUUUCUAAUUGUGUGAAUAUAAAUUUCAACAAUACUGUUGCGUCGGCAGAUAUAUACACGUACUGUUAGUACCAAGUUUCAGCAAAUUUGCAUGCAUAAUAACUGCAUUAUGUCGAUGCACACUUCUUUGACACCUUCAGCGCCGAACCAUGCAGAACUACGUGGCCCAGAUCCCCCUCCCCUUUGAGCUGGUUAUUGGAGUCUCAUGGACUUCAUGAAAGAACUACGCCAUCGCCAUCUUCAGGGCAAGGCAGGAACUGAAAGGACAACUGAAAAGACCGUUUGGUCGAAAGGUCGUUUCAGUUCCUACCUUGCCCUGAAGAUGGCGAUGGCGUAGCAACUGAAGACCGUUUGGUAUUUUUAGUUCCUACCUUGCCCUGAAGAUGGCGAUGGCGUAGUUCUUUCACGGAAGUCCAUGAGACUCCGAUAACCAGCUCAAAGAGCGGGGAUUUGGGCCACGAAGAUCUACGUGGUUCGGCGCUGAAGGUGUUAAAGGUUCGAUUAAUGACACUUUUAGUCUUGGGUUUAAUUUUUCAGGACACGCUGUAGUAGAGUCCUUGUGUAUGACUUGAUUAGGUUGUGCCAUGUCAUUGAUGUGUAGAUAGAUGUGGUUGUGUUAUCAUUAUGUUAAAGAUUGUCUCAAACAAGUGUUGUAUGCAAUAUUAA